GGAAGGUCCGCCCAUCGGCCGUGGGUUGACUUGGCGGCCUCCAAGACUUGAGUAUAAGUACAAUGUUCUCGCGCAAUCUGCUUUUAUGUGUAUUCUAGCGCGCAGUUCACUUCCGGAAUUGCUGUUAUCUACAACUUGGCUGGUUUCCAAUUUUUCCCACGCAAGCUCCCCGGUGUCAUCAUGCUAUUUCGCGCGGAUAUAGCAAGCUGUGGUCUGCAGCUUGACAGAUCAACUAUAUUCCUCCCAGCGAACCGAUACGGCGAAUCAUUGCCAUGCGUCACGGGCCGGUUCCACCUCUCGCUUACCCGGGCGACAUCGGUAAAAGGCAUCAGGGCCCGUGUCAUUGGGACAAUGAAGACUCCCCGAUACGGAAUGUUUACGCCCGCGAUCCACGAAGAAACGACCUUUGAGCGAAGCCAGAACCUGGUAUUUUCAAAAACACUCGAGUCAUUUACAAUGCCCGCGGGCGAUUACGAAUUUCCAGUAGAAAUAUCUCUCAAGGACGUGCAUCUUGAAACGCUCACGGGGCCGGGCCACGAGUACCAUACCUAUAAAGUGGAGGUUGUUGUCGAGCGGAGGAUGCAGUGGGACUGGGUUGUGUCAGAGCCUUUGGGGAUAUACCGGUGGCGGCCGGGGGGUAUCUCGGUACUUUCAGAGAAGGUCGUUGAAGACCAUGACAACCAAGAUCUGCAAUACCAUAUUUCCAUGCCCGACCCUCUCGUACGGCAUGGCUCUGUCUUCCCGGUAGAGUGCUGGGUUGAGCCACUUUCGGAAGAUAUAAUAAUCGCUGGUAUUACUAUUAGUCUACACGAGAAACACGACCUGUGCUUUAGCGCAACGGCGGCCGAGACCAUGAAGUACGAUACAAACUUCAUAACGUGGCAUCUCGACUACGUGAUUUGCAAAGAGAGGUGCGAUGUCUCGCAACAAAUCAUCAGCAGAAUCGAAGAGAAGCAACGGAUACAGCAGGUCACUAUUCCAGUGCAGCUACCAGGGAAAUCAGAUGCUUGUUCGCAAAGCUUUUCGUCGAGAAGCAUCAAAAUUGAGCAUUUACUCGUUGUGGAGAUCGACUAUCACGACAAGGAAGCAGCAGAAAUAAAAAAGGUCGCACAAACGCUUCCGGUUUAUAUAUACAGGGCACCGCCGAAGACUAAUGAGAGUCCCGAGUCCCUGACUGGCGCAGAGACUCAAUGUCUCAAGAAUGCCCAACACUGUCCGCCGUCAUAUGGGCAACAUGAGCUAGACCAGAUGCUUUCCGGGUUGCUGGAGACGGGAGAAGGAGUCUAUUGACAGGGAUGGGUAUGUUUUGCGCGCUGCUCGACUUGAUGCGCGGUGUGUAGAUAUGUAUCUAUUACUGAGAAUGCAGCCGCGGAUAAACGUCAUGGCGCUGGUCGACUCAUUGGAUUUGAACCAGAUUGAAAAGUUUUCUUUUCAAUUUUUUCCUUAAGAUAAUAUAUAUUAGUCUAAUUAAAGAUAUAAGCUUCG